AUGUGGAGGCAAGUUGUGCUCUACUUCAGGACUCACAGCUACCAUGCAGACAACUGUCAGGCAAAGGAGAAUCUCCAAAAAGAAGAUGAAGCAGAUAUUAAAGCUGCACAAUGGAUUUUCAAGCAACCCAUGGGAUCGGAGAGGACAGAGAUACGCAAACGGCAGAUGGCUGCGACCCCGGAGAGCCCAGGUGCUGCACAGGCUCAGCUCAGCACAGGAAAUCGAGGCUCCAAUGCCUGCUGCUUUUGUUGGUGCUGCUGCUGCAGCUGCUCAUGUCUUACUGUUAGAAAUCAAGAAGAAGAGAGAGCGAGGAGAACAUCUCAUGAACUCCAAGCAGAGGGUAUUCCAAACUGUGAGGAAAGCCCUGCUCCCACUCUCGAAGAAGUAAAUGCCUGGGCUCAAUCAUUUGACAAGUUGAUGCUUACCCCAGCUGGCAGAAAUGCUUUUCGCGAAUUUCUGCGAACAGAAUUCAGCGAGGAAAACAUGCUUUUCUGGAUGGCCUGCGAGGAACUAAAACAAGAAUCCAACAAAAGCGUCAUUGAAGAAAAAGCGCGACUAAUUUAUGAAGAUUAUAUUUCUAUCCUUUCUCCAAAGGAGGUCAGUCUGGACUCCAGAGUAAGAGAAGUUAUUAACCGAAAUAUGCUGGAACCCUCACAACACACCUUUGAUGAUGCACAGCUUCAAAUUUAUACCUUAAUGCACAGAGACUCUUACCCACGGUUUAUGAACUCUUCUAUUUAUAAGGACUUGCUUCAGUCCUUGUCCGAAAAAUCCAUUGAAGCAUAGAAUUUUUUCUUAAAUGUAUUUAUUUUAAAACAGACGGGACUCUGGGCUACAGAAAUCCACAGGGAAUUUAGAAUUAAUCAGAUAUUUACCUGAAAAUAACUCAGGCAAGUUUUACUACAGACUGAAUAAUUUAAAUCCGCACAAAGCUCUGACACAAUCAAGUAAGUACAGUUUCUGAUUAAAUUCAGUAUUACUUUGCAAAAGGAAAUGAAGAGAAAUGAAGAAGAAAUAUUGUUCCAAAAAUGCAGUAUUUUUUCAAACACAGCAGACAAUUCAGACACAAAGCUAUUACAACUUAUGUCUGAGGUACAAAUACCAACUGAGCACGAAACUAAAACUGAUUUUUAAGUGGAGUGUUAAGAAUUUUCUUGAAAAUCAAACCAGUUGCUCCAUCCACACUGUGACCAAAGUAAAAAUAUUACUGUCAAUACUGUGUUACUCUAGGCACUGCCAUCACACACCUGGCAUAGGUACACUCCACUUGUUUUGGUAUAUUUAAUGCAUACAUGAUGCACUCAUGGAAAUUGGCACGGCAGUCUCAAGUUUAUGAAAGUUACUGGUUGAAAUAAUGCUGCUUAUAAAAAGAAAUCUUUUGCUGAAGAAUUGUUAUUUUAGUAUUAGAAUCUGCUGAAAGCAUUAAGUUCCCUUUGUUGAUGUUCAUAAAGUUAAAUUAUUUAUUUCAGAGGAAGACAAGUCUGGGCAUUCAAAUUCCAAAAUAAAGCACAAGAAUUCUCACAUAUUUUUCUCUUCCCUCAGUAGAUGUUUGUAAAACCCUUCACUAUUUGUUCCCAAGACGUCAACAGUUUCAAUCAGCUUGGGUUUGUAAAUACAAAAUUCUCCCAUUCCCUGACAGAUCUUGUAAGGUUUCCAUUACA